GUGAUUGUUGAUAUGGAACAUGAGGUUGAUUAUGACAUUUCUAAGUCUCCCCCAACAAACGAUGCCAAAAAUACACCAAACUUGUUACAUGCGAACCAGACAACGAAUCAGCAAGAAGAAACUACGUCAUCGGUGGUUGAUAAUGUGGAACGUGAGGUCGACGCUGACAUUUCUAAAUGUCCCGCAGUAGAUGAUGCUAUAUGCACACCAAAUUCAUCAUAUGUCCACACUACAGCAAGUCAGCAAGAAUCGGUGGUUGUUGAUGUGAACCAUGAGGUUGCCUCAGUAGACGAUGCAAAAAAUACACCAACUUUGACAAAUGGGCACCAUGCAUCAAGUCAACAAGUCGAAAAAAGGCCAUCUGUGAGGUUAAAGAGGACGAUCCAAAAGCCGAAAAAAUUGAGGGAGUAAACCAUGUUUGACUGUUACAACACUUUCCCAUAGUGUUGCCUACCGUUUAGUUUUGCAUUAAAAUAACACCGUUUCAUGUUUUGUCACUCUAUCACUUUUAUUUUAUAUUGUUGUGUGGUUGUACACUGUUCAUGUUCGUUUUCCUUUUAUAAAUUAAAAAUCGUGCUUUUGU